GCUCACCUUGAAUCUACUAUGAUUACACCUCCCCUUAACACCUACAAUAUCCUUCAUCCUUUUUGCCUGCAAUCCUAUGUCACAAAACUUACAUACUUUCAAUCUGUCUCCUCGCCAUUAGUUUUCAAACCUGCACCUCCCACUAUUUCUGGUUAUAAAGCCUUACUUCCUCAACACAUUCCUACACCCGCCUCACCUUUUGACAUUGCCCCUAAUUGGAAAGCCUUUUGGUCACUUCAAAUGACACAUCGCUCCCGCAACAUCUGAUUCCACUUCCUACACAAAAACAUCAACACUCGCUUCUACCUACACCAAAAAUUACCGAAGCUCAUCACUAGCCCUCAAUGCAUUCACUGUCCUUACUUCCGUCGCAACACCAUUGACACACUUGACCAUUUCAACUUUCUUUGUCCAGUCAAUUACAGAAUCUGGUGUCACAUCCUCUCCACAUAUAUCGAUCCUUCUCUUACGACAACUCCUCAAUCUCCUUAUUCUGCAUUCCCAGCCCUAUCCACACAACAAAUCUGCGCUAGCACAUUGGAAGGUCUAUGGUCCAGCCAUUGGCGUUUGGUUUUUGAUUCCAUACCCUUC